AGCCUGGGUCCCCACAUUACCCAGCAGAUGGGCUCCUGCCUCUCUCGGAGGCAAUUAAGACUGGGGGAGAUGUGGGAGCCACAGGCUCUUUUCCAGUAUAGCAGACAGGCAACAACCAGUUUAAGCGCUGCUUUCUGGAUGGUGCCAGCCACGGUGCCCCAAGAUACCCACCCCAGGGCUUCCCGGAGAUGUUUCCCAGCCUUGCCAAACCGUCCCUGUCCCUCUUUGCCUUCCGCAUGCCUGCUGACCUCUGGGCAAGCCGUGGCAUCUGGAAAAUGUUAUCCCCAGACGAGUGCCGGAGGUCCCCGGGCUCUGUGGAGAAGCGCUCACAUCUCUCCAUGGUGCGUAAUGGGAACAGCCACGGGGACAGCAGCCACAGGCUCUCCGGGCAUCUCCUGUGAAUUUUUGGGGUCCCUUCAUCCCCUGUAGCAUCCCUAUCCCUCCUCCCUCAUCUGGGUGCCGUUGUCGGAGGAUGUCUAGGACCCGGGCUGCGCGGCUCCUCCCUUUCAGGUCUCUCCAGGGUUAUUGCUUGGUGGGAGGUAGGUUCAGGGCUUGGUGGUAUGAAUGAAAGAGAGACAGGAAAUCUGGACUGAAAAGCUCAAACUGGAAUAGCUCGCCUGUCUCCAGGCAACAGGCCUGACGCAACCGCUGGGGAGAAAAAAAAAAAAAAAAAAAAAGUCCCUUAAAUAAGGAAAAAAAAAAAAAACAACAGAGAGAGAUUUCUGAAGCGAGACAGGGAGGAGGAUGAGACAGUCUGCUGAAGGCACUGGUGACACUGCUCUGCAAACACCAAGUUGGAGACCCGAGGCGGAAGGAGGGAGCCAAGAUGUCCGUGCAGCAUUCCCGCUGAGUCCCUCCCCGGUGUCUGUCCAGCCUCGGCGUAGUGCCUGAGUGGGAUUUAUCCUUGGAGGAGGCACGUUGGGCUCAUUGCAGUGAGCUGGUCUGGUCUUGAGGGCUUCCCACCCUUGUCCCUGACCCGUGGGAGCCCACCCCUAUGCCGUUGGACUCCCGGGAAGGAUGUCUCUGCCUAAAAUCCAAAUAGAAGAGGUGGUGGACAGCACGGAUGGCGGCUCUGGAGGUGCCGUUCCUCCUGAUGACCACCUGAGGAGCCUCAAGGCUUUGACAGAGAAGCUGAGGCUGGAAACCAGGCGCCCGUCCUACUUGGAGUGGAAGGCGAAGCUGGAGGAGCAGGCGUGGAAGAGCCCCCAGCCGGCUGGUGAGGAGGACGGGAAUGAGGCCAAAAAGGGCCUGGAGGAGACUGUCCCUCUGAGGAAGGUGCAGCUGCACCUCAACGGGAACCCUGCCCAGGACAAGGUGACUCUUACCUCAGGGAAAAUAGGCGGCUUUGAGAGCAUCGACGAGGCUUUGACGUGGCUCCGGAAGGAACUGGCAGAAAUGCGCCUGCAGGACCAGCAGCUGGCCAGGCAGCUCAUGCGCCUCCGCAGCGACAUCAACAAGCUGAAGAUUGAGCAGACCUGCCACCUCCACCAGCGCAUGCUCAACGACGCCACGUACGAGCUGGAGGAGCGGGACGAGCUCUCCGACCUCUUCUGCGACUUCCCCCUCGUCAGCUCCUUCAGCCUCUCCACGCCGCUCAAGCUCAUCGGGGUCACCAAGAUGAACAUCAACUCGCGCCGGUUCUCGCUGUGCUGAAAGGCAGGGCAGAAGAGGGAAGGAUGGGGGAGAAGGAGGAAGGAUUGGGCAGUGCCAGGGCUCUUCCUGCCUGAUGGCUGGGCACAAAGAGGUCUCGGAGGGGCAGAAGGAGCAAGUGGGGAACCCAUGGCUGGUCUUGGUGGCAUAAGGAGAAGCAGAGCCCGGUGCUGGGAUGGCUCAGAGAUGAAAAGGCAGGACCUGCAGGAAGAAUGGAGCAUCUGAACCCAGCAUGGGCAAUUAGCCUGUUCUUUUGCAAAGUCCCUUCUCAUCCUUCUCCUCUCCCUGCAGAAGCAAAGAGGUGGACACAUCUCCAGUAUUCAGAAGUCAGAGGGGAGGUUCAAAGAUCAGCCAGAAAUCAGGGCAAAAAUCCCCUUUCCCUUCCCUUUUACCUCCUCCCAGGCUAGAGCUGUCUUCAGAAAAAGUCACUCUCCUCCCUGGAUGUCUCCUGAGACAUCGAUCCUCUGCCUCUGACGGCCCAGGCAUGGGGUCUUUGGGGCUGUUUCAGAUGAAAAGAUGGUUUCCAGUGGAAAGGAGCCCUCCCAGAAGCUGAGGGAUGGUGGGUUAAAUGGUUUGCAGCCCCAAAAAGUGGUGAGAUGUGCUUGUUGACGUGCUCCAUUGAGUCCGGUGUACUCUAGCUUAAUUUUGUCUGUGGUAUGGAUUAUGGAUGAAUUGUGGACAUAUUUACACAGAGGCUGCAUCUGGCCAGAAGUCACCUGUGUGCCCUAGAAUUUAUACCCAGAGCAAUAUUUGUUCCUGAUCCCACUGUCAGCCGUGGCCACAAGGCUCCCGUGGCUAGCUCCAGAAGCAGUAAGGCAACGGAGGGAGUUUACACCCGGGACAUCCCAAAACAGAGAAACCACCCGGGGCUGACAUUCCCCUCCCAGCAGCAGCACCAGCAAAUCCUGGAUCCUCUGUAGCAACACGCAUCGGUCAGAGAAAGGACCUCCAAGAGGAGAAAAUGGACAUUUGGGUGAUGAGGGUGAAGUGCGACUACAAAUUAAAGAUAAAAACAUUGCUGCAAUGAGCUGCCCUCACUGUGCUUUGGACCUGCAGCCAUCGCAGGGGGAUUCCCUCCUGUCCUGGCAGCAUGUAGGGUGAAUGCUGUGUUUUUCUGCCUUUCAGGGCAUGAGGGACACAAGGGGCUUAGCCACAGAUUCCCUGGGGCUCCUGGCACCCAAAACAGGGGACCGUGGCUGCCUCGAGGCUCUCCCUCCUGUUCCAACACUUCUGACCAUGCCAGGGCCCAGCUCUGCUCUUCUCAGCAUGCCAGAGCAGCUCGGUGGUGCCUCCCCCUCCAGUGUAUGGCUCGCUGGGAGGUAUUUGGGGGCAGCAGAGCUGCAGCUGUACUAAUAGUUUAAUCAGUGUUGUGCCUAAACUUGGAGACUUUUACUGCCCAGGUACUGAAGGUUUAAUAGGGUUGUGGCCAGACUGCCAGUUGGCCUCUGGAUUGUGAUGCCAUUUAGUUUACUAGUAGAGAAAUAGCCUUAUUUCCCCAUGGACAUUUUGGGAAGAAAAAAAAAAAAUCAUUAAAAUUCUUCUUUGUUUACUUUUUUAAUAAAAAAAAAAUAUCUAUUCAUGUCCCAUGUUGGUUUUCGGAGGCAUUUUCGAUCAAAAGAUGGCAACGACAGCAUUUCAGUGAAAAUAAUGCCUUGGAAGAGAGGGACUGGUUCUCUCUAGGAUAAUCUAGAGUCAGAUACAGAGGGGUCCUGCCUUUGGGCUCUUAUCUGGCAGCUGAAUGCCAGGGGUUAGUACAAGCACAGUCUUAGGAGGUCAUUGUACGUGGCAUUAGAGAUAUCAGACGUCUGGGUUCCAGACAUGUAUUUUCUGCAUUAAGUGGGAUGAGGAUGGUUAUAAACUGCCAGCUGUUCAUCGAAAUGCACAAUUUUUUUAAUUAUAAAAUGAUGUCUGUACUGAU